CUUACACACGUUUCUCCUCCCAUAUAUACCUACAUAGUAUGAGAACACAGAUGUAAAACUUGACGAAACUAACCGAGAGGCAAAGAUAGACUUGUCCAGGACACUUUUUGGUGGCAGUAUUCCUGCACAGAUACAAAAAAGCUCGGGAGCAUAAUUCUCACUUCAUGAAGCAUAAAAGCAAGGCUAAAAAGGCAAAGAAGACAUUUGAUUAUGAAGAAGGCAGUGUGGUAAAUGGACUUCAGUUUCCCAUCUUCGAGCUUCCUCCAAAUCUGUUAUAUCAGAUCAUUUCAAGGCUUCCUUUGAAAACAAUAUUUAGUUGCAGAUGUGUAUGCAGAACUUUCCUAAAACUUAUAGAAGAGCCUUAUUUCGCAGAAACUCACCUCAAUAGAGCACUUAGCACCAGUACCACAAUAAUCGUCAGAGAAAAUGAUUUUCCCUCUCCAUAUUUCCGUCCAUACAUGCUAGAGGUUGAUUUUACCCCUAAAAAAUCCUCCCUUAGCAGUGAUCAUCAUUUAUAUCAUCAGCAUAUAAUAUCUAGGCAGAGUCGUGAAGUACCCCUGAGAGAUGUUAAAUGCUGCUUUCUUACAGGUGAUGCAACUUUGAUUAGUUCAUGUAAUGGACUUCUCUGUUUAUACUCCCCCUCACCAAAGAAUCCUACAUAUUGCAUUUGCAAUCCUGUUAGUGGGGAAUGUAUGACUCUCCCUCACCCAGCCCCCUUGACUUCAGACUGUACAUACCUCAACCAUUCUGGAUUUGGUUUCUGCCCAAGGACUAAGCAGUACAAGGUCGUCCGGUUUAUGAGCUCAGCACAAACUCUGAGAGCAGUAGCUCUAGUGCACACACUGGGCACAAGGUCAUGGAGGAACAUUGGUGAAGCCCCACAUCCUAAGCCACAAGGAUUUUUUGAUAAUUUCCUGGAUGGAAAGCUUCACUUAAUCACUGCAAGUCGUAACAUUUGUGAUGUGUUAUUCUCAUUUGACCUAGAAACUGAGAAGUUUGAACCUGUCCCACUGCCUGCUCACUUCAGUCCAGAAUAUUACGGUAAAAUCUCAUGGAUCAGUGUAGGAGUUACAUGUGGCUGCCUCUGUCUAUGCUAUACAUCUAGCGAUACUCACUUUGAGGUUUUCGUAAUGGAAGAAUACGGAGUUCGAGAAUCUUGGAUUAAGAAGUUUGCAAUUGACGUCAAGUUUUAUUGUGGGUUGCGCAUAGAGGACUUGCAAAAACCAAUCAAAUAUUUAAAUAACGAGGAACUUUUAUUCUUAUCCAGGUUCAAUUCUCUUGUGUCAUAUAGUCCUCAGAAAGGGACUUUCAGAGAUAUCAAGAGUUUGGGUAAUGGGAGGGCCGAAGCUAUUUCUCAUGUUUCUAGCUUUGUAUCCCUCAAGACUCAUGUAUUUAAACGAGGAAUAAAAUAUGAAAAGAUCAAGCUGGAAAGCCCAAAGUCAGUGCGGAAUGUAUCGUAGAUGCCAAUUCUAUUAAUGUUUAAACUGCUGGACUUGGGAGUGGUGUGGAUGAAGGAUGAAAAGCUGAGGAUGCAUAAAUUGAGUCGGAUUUUCUAGUGAUGCUAAUUGUUGCUUUUAAGUAAGCCCUCAAAUGCGGCUAAUAUGUUGUGUAUUGCAGAUGUAAUGUUCUGUGUUUCACAUGAAUAUUUCAGGAAUUGCUCGCGCUCUCCUGUUUUAAACGUCUGUUCUGGUUAGAUUCUGGAGAAAAUUUGUCCCGGGUAUAAAUUAUAAACGUUUCGGCAAAAGUUUUACAAGAUCAGUUGGUCUAAUUUUCUUGUGUGAACAGAGACAUUCACAGAUUUCCCUGAAAAUUUGUGAAUGUUUUAUGCUCGGUUAUGUUUUCUAGAGGAGAUUUGUAUUGGCAAUGUGCUUACCAUCUGAGGUUUUUUUGUUUUUGAAGAAAACUUGCGUGUAGAAAUAAUAACAGUAGCUUUUGAACUGA